UUCCAAACUAGCCCGAGAUACAGCUCUCUGCCCCCCUCCCCACGCCCCAGUGCGCUGUGGGAUAGUAUAAAGUAUAUCCUGUCCUCACAGAGAGAUAAGAAACCAAGGCAGGAGAGGGGAUGAAGAUGGCGGACGCCAAGCAGAAGCGGAACGAGCAGUUGAAGCGAUGGCUGGGCUCGGAGACGGACCUCGAGCCGCCCGUGCUAAAAAAGAAGAAGACGAAAGUGAAGUUCGACGACGGCGCGGUGUUUUUGGCCGCCUGCUCGAGCGGCGACACAGAAGAGGUGCUGAGAAUGCUGGACCGAGGUGCCGACAUCAACUACGCCAAUGUGGACGGUCUUACCGCGCUCCAUCAGGCCUGCAUAGACGAUAACCUGGACAUGGUGACCUUCCUGGUGGAGCACGGCGCCGGAAUCAACCAGCCCGACAACGAGGGCUGGAUCCCGCUGCACGCCGCCGCCUCCUGCGGCUACAUGGACAUAGCAGAGUACCUGAUCAGCCAGGGGGCCAGCGUGGGCGUGGUCAACAGCGAGGGCGAGACCCCCCUGGACAUCGCCGAGGAGGAGGCCAUGGAAGAGCUCCUGCAGAACGAGAUCAACCGGCAGGGGGUGGACAUCGAGGCGGCCCGUAAGGAGGAGGGCAGCGCGGGUCCAUGCUGCGGGACGGACGCGCGCAGUGGCGACAGGCGCGCCGGCAAGGGCACGCGAGGUUUUAAAGUGAGUCCCCCCCGAACACCCCCCACCCCCUACGCCGAGGUUUUAAAGCUUUUAAUCCAGGCAGGGUAUGAUGUAAAUAUUAAAGAUUUUGACGGCUGGACCCCGCUCCACGCCGCGGGCCACUGGGCGAAGGAGGAGGCCUGCCGGAUCCUGGUGGAGAACUUCUGCGACAUGGACGCCGUCAACAAAGUGGGCCAGACAGCGUUUGAUGUAGCAGACGAAGACAUCCUCGGGUACUUGGAAGAACUGCAAAAGAAGCAGAACCUGCUGUUGAGCGAGAAACGAGACGUGAAGAAGUCCCCUUUGAUUGAAACCACGGCGGGGGACAACAAUCAGCUGCUUAAAUCUCUCAAUAACAAAGAGCCGGUCGUGCUGGAGCCAGAGAAACCGGCGCCGUGCAUCGAGCCCCCGGGGCCCGGGAAGGCCGACGGGAAGGACGAGUCCAGCUGCUCCAGCGUGGACGACGACUCGGACGACUCAGACUCUGAACCUGACACAGGAAAGAAGAAGCCUACCGCGACCGUGAACAGCGGCUCCGCCCCGGCGCCCGCCCCCGUGUCCCCACCGGCCACGCCCACCUCCCCCACCUCGCCAAGCAAGAAGUCUGAUUUUGUUACCCCCGUCUCGCCCGCGCCGGAGGCCGGCGGUCCCGCCUCGUGGCGUCAGGGCUUGCGCAAAACCGGCGUCGCUCUCCUCCCCGAAAAAGUGAUGGCCCCUCCCACCGAGAACCUCUCCCCGAAAGAGGAGGAGGGGGGCAAGGACAAGUCGCCGUCCUCCUGGAGGCAGGGCCUGCGGAAGACGGGCAGCUACGGGGCGCUGCCCGAGAUCGCCGCCGCCAAGGAGGCGCAGAAGGACAGGGAGCUGUCGGGCGUGACGCGCUCCGCCUCCAGCCCCCGCCUGUCCUCCACCCUGGAGAACAAGGACAAGGAAAGGGACAAGUGGACCAGGCUGGCGUACGUCGCUCCCACCAUCCCCUCCUCCCGCAGGCUGGGCAGCGCGUCGGACGCGGACGAGAAGGAGAACAGGGACUCUGCGGCGAGCCUGGUGCGCAGCGGCUCGUACGGCAGGCGGCGCUGGGACGAGGAGACGCGGAGCGGCGAGGGCGCCGCCCCCCAGGACAAGCCGCCCGGCUACCAGCGCAGCACGUCCCACUCGCUGGCUCUCGGGCGGAGCGGCGGCGGCGGCGGCGCCCGAGACGUUCCCGCCAAGUCGCCCUCGGCCGGCAGCCUGGAGCCGCUCUCCUGCAACGCCAAGCCCGGCCAGUCCUACAGCGUGCACCGAAGCAGCUCCUUCGGCAGGAGGCAGGAGGAGGCGCAGAGCUCCGUCACCUCCUCCUCCGCCACCUCCCCGUCCGUCACCUCUCCCACCGGGCACCGGGGCCCGCUGACGGGCUCAGGCCCCUCCUCCACCCGCUCCAGCUCCUCCUCCUCCACGCCCUCCAGCGUGAGCAGCAGGCUGUGGUCGGAGGAGAGCACGGCGAGGGACUCCGUGGCCGUCAUCCCUACCGUGGUGGGCCCGGUGUCCGGCGGCACCACCACCACCACCACCACCGCCGCGGGCACCGCGCUGACCUUCGACGGCAGGGAGAAACGCGGGUCGUACCUCACUCCAGUGCGGGACGAGGAGUCGGAGUCACGGAGGAAAGCCCGUUCGAGACAGGCCCGGCAGUCCAGACGCUCCACGCAGGGCGUGACCCUGACCGACCUCCAGGAGGCGGAGAAGACCAUGGGCCGGAGCCGGCCGCCGCGGACCCUGGAGGAGGAGGAGAAGGAGAAGCAGGACAAGGAGAAGCAGCAGCAGCAGCAGGAGGAGGAGGAGAGGAAGGAGGCGGAGGCCAAGGAGGAGGAGACCAGGUCGCGCUACCGCGGCUCUGAGGAGACGUACCAGCGUUACCGGCCGUCCGGCGGCUCGACCGCGCCGUCCCAGUCCGGGCCCCUCAGCCGGCCCAACAGCCUGACGGGCAUCACGUCGGCCUACUCCAGCCAGGGCAGGACCCCCAGGGAGGAGGACACCGAGCCGGACAGGAGGGAGGAGGAGGAGGAGAGGGACGGGGACGACCGCGCCCAGCCCCGCUCCAUACGGGAGCGCAGGAGGCCGCGGGAGAAGAGACGCUCCACGGGCGUGCCCUUCUUGACCCAGGAUAGCGACGAGAACGAUCCGGAGCGGCUGUCGGACACGGAGGAGGGCAGCGACCGGACCGCCCCCCAGAGCGACAGGCUAACAAGGAACGACCUGGGGCCGUCGAGCACGUCCACUGCUGAGCGCUGGGAGCGUGGCCAUGGCGACAGGCGGCGGCCGUACUCCAGCCGGGCGGAGCGGGAGGACUCCACCGACUACAGAAAGCUUUAUGAACAGAUCCUAGCGGAGAACGAGAAGCUGAAGGCGCAGAUACGCGACACGGACCUGGAGCUGGCCGACCUGAAGCUACAGCUAGAGAAGGCCACGCAGAGGCAGGAGCGGAUCUCUGACAGGUCGCAGUUGGAAAUGGAGAAAAGGGAAAAAAGGGCUCUAGAACGGAAGAUCACCGAGAUGGAGGAAGACCUUAAGAUGCUUCCGGACUUGAAAGCGGACAACCAGAGGCUAAAGGACGAGAAUGGAGCCCUGAUCCGAGUCAUUAGCAAACUUUCAAAGUAGACCCCCCCCCCCCCCCACCCCGCACCCCCCGCCGCCCCCGCUGCCCGUCAGCAGCGACUAACGGUAUUGCACAUUUAGAUAUUAAUUGCAGCAGACAUCAGCUACGAGAAGGCUCUUUCACUCCCCUCUCCCCUUUCCCGCCAAAAACGCCAUCCUCUCCCGCCGUUGGUCCACGCUUAGGUUCCUGUCCUGUCCCUCGCUGCCGAUGGCGUGCGCGCGGAAGGUUGGAGUUUACAGAACAAAGAGAAGCGAAGUGUUUCCGUGGCCAGCGAGCCCCGAGCCCUCGCGUUUACCCAUAAGCCUUAGUUCGCCCCCUGCGAAACGCUCUCGUCCGGCUCGCGGCCGCCAUCGAACAAUUCACCCGUUUUUAUUUGUGCCACUAUUUUUUUUUUUCAACUGCUUGGAAGUGCCGUUUGCUGUUGUUGUUGCUUUCUGGCCACGCCCCCAUAUCCUGCCGGAAGUCCCGCCCCCCACAGGAAACCGUGUCACUUCCUGUAUCGCCCGGCGAUUAUUGGGCGCGACUGGCUGAACCCUGCUGUAUCCGUGACCCUGCACAGACGCUCACGCGCACACACACACACACACACGCUCGCACACACUCAAACAAGAAAAAAUGCAUGCACACACACACACACACACACGCGUGCCCAUGUACAAUGCCUUACCAUCUCCAGUUUUCUUUCUUCCGCAGUUGAAGGAAAGUGAGUCAAUGUUGUAAUGGACUAGGUGGAGUUCUAAGCUUUCACUGUAUGUGCAAUAUGCAUUUGUUUCUUAUGAAAAUGCUUUAACGAGUCCAUCGAAAGACUUCUCUGCCCCCCCCCCCCCCCCCUCACCGCCCCCUCCUUGUUUGUUUUGUUUUUUUUUUAGUAAUUUUUUUAGUUCUUGCAGUGUAGUUGUUGGUUCAUACCUGACCUGGUCCGUUUCGUUUUAGCAGGUACUGAGUGAAUGCUGUAUGUAUAUAUGUAUUGUUUGCGACCAGCAAAAUGGCAUGGAUUACGGUUCCCUAUGGCAAAACCCUGUCUGUUACUAUUAAAAUAUACAAACUCCAGAGGACGAAAAAAGUGUGUUUUAACUUUUUAUUUUUAUUUUCAUUUUCAUUUCAUAGUUUGAUGACGUUUUGAACUGCAGUAGAGUUUCUCCAAGGGGGAGUGGCUAGCCGUAAUCAAUGACAGUUCAUCCCCCCCCCCCCUUCAGUUUUUAAAAAGUCAAUGAUAAUUAUGAAAGGAUAAUAUAAUUGCUUCACAACAUUUCACACCUUGUAAGCAGUACCCUUUAUGACGUUUUUUUUGUUUUUGUUUUGUUUUGUGUGGUCUUUGGUGUUUGUAUUGUAAUGAAAUCCCAGGUGUGUUGGAGCGAGUCUGUUCACACUGUCCACAAGGGGGGGCGGUGGGGUAUUGGGGGGGGGGGGGGGGCACGAGGAGUACUGCCCGAAACAUUCAUUUUCGGAAACAUUUUCAGUGGCCUUUUAAAAUUUGCUAUAGUAAAAAAAAAAACAAGUCUAGCAUUUUAGCCAACAGUUUUUUUUUUUUCUCGUUUUUAUUUUAAUUUUUAUUGCCUUCCCGCCAUUUUGUGAAAACGCGAGAGUGACUUUGUUACUUGGCCCGCCGUGCUGUGAUGACCACUGGAAGAGUUGCUUAAAAAGACAAUUGUACAUCGCAAAGCUUGUGUUAGCUGUUGUACCGUCAUCGACUAUAUAUAUAUAUAUGUGUAUAUAUAUAUAUAUAUAUACACGUAAAUGUGAAUUUAUACCCCUUAAUAAAAGAGCUAAUUGAGAGGGAGAGAAAAAGCGGUCCUCGUGCUCUGUGAGAUAUUUCAGUUUUCAAAUUAUGGGCCAUCGUCUUUUAUUUUUAUAGAAACUUUUUUUUUUCUUUGUUUUUUUGGGUGACUGGUUUUUUUUGUGCUUUGAGGCGGGGCUCCUACCAACAGGCUCACGAUCUCUUGAUUGAAAUUCCAUAAUGGUACAGUUUGAAUGUUCCUUGUACCGAUCCUGCGUGAUUUGGUUGGCUGACCGUUUGACUGACGGAUUGGGUUGACCUAUCGGUUGGGCGACUGUCGACAUAUUUACAUGGAGGAUGUUGUGACUAAUGUUUGAAUGAGUGCGCAAACAGGCCAAAUGGAUUCCUUUAACUGUGAGCGUGUGUGCAGUCUUGACAUAAAUGCUUAUUUUCUGCUAUAUUUUUUUGAGUGUUUUAUAUUUAGAUUAUUUAUUCGUAAGAUGGUUUAAGUGGCUGCAGCUCUCAAAUGGUUUUAUUCCUAGUUCAAAGCAGGCCUUGUGUCCGUGUGGAACCAGUCGCUAAAGUUAUUUUGGAAAGAAAAAAAAAACAACUGUAUUUUGACUCGUACAAAUAAAAAUGUAUAAAUUUG